AAAAAUCUGAUCUAUGGUUCAAUUGUUGACACUUCAUGAAAUGUCUGAAAUUUGUAUUUUUAUUUUUAUUGAAAAAUUCAGCUAUGUCUUGGAUUAAAGAGAACUGCGUUUCAUUCUUCCAACUUUUUUGUAUUAAGGUGGUCAAAACCGGACGUGUUCCUCAGCACGUAGCGUUUAUAAUGGAUGGUAAUCGCCGGUAUGCAAAAAAGCAUUCUGUAAAAAGCAGUGCAGGCCACAGCAGAGGUUUUGAUAAACUCUCUGAAACAUUAAAGUGGUGCUUAGAUCUUGGUAUACCAGAGGUUACAGUAUAUGCAUUCAGUAUAGAAAAUUUUAAGAGAACUGAAGAGGAAGUCGAUGCGCUCAUGGACCUAGCUCGUGAUAAAUUUCAAAGACUGUUAGAUGACAUAGAUCAAAUAAAUGAAUGGGGUGUACGCAUACAUAUAGCAGGAAGGCUGUCCCUUCUGCCAGCUGAUUUGAGAGCCCUUGUUUCCCGUGGCAUGCUAGCCACUCAAUAUAAUAACAAAUUAAGACUUAACAUAGCUUAUGCUUAUACAGGUCGAGAUGAAAUCAGUCGUGCUGCAUCACAUAUAGUGGAUGGUGUCAAAAAUAAUGAACUUAGUCUGAAUGACAUUGAUGAGGAACUGGUCUCUUUAUCAGUAGAACUUGGAGAACCUGAACUGUUGGUGAGGACAUCUGGUGAAGUCAGACUGUCUGACUUCAUGCUUUGGCAGGUAACAAACACAGUACUGUACUUCUCAGAUGUGUUGUGGCCGGAAUUUACGAUUUGGAACUUAUUAGCAGCUAUAAUACAUUUCCAAAGACACGCCCCAUCGCUUAAAGAAGAUGAAGAACCCAGUAAGAGUAAACAGACGUUUUUAGAUAAAUUAGAAAUCAAAAGAAUUCAAGAAUUAGAAAAAUAUGUUAGUAGUUGUUAACUGCUUCCAAUCUAGCUGCCUGUUGUUGAUUGUUAUAGUUUAUUUUGAUAUACA